AUGUCGGUCAGGCAGCAAAGUAUCCCAGCUGCAUUUGAAAUACGCUUCACGGAUGCUUCGGUAGAGGUACACGAAAUAGCGCAUGAUCCAAUUCCAGAACCAUUCAAGAAACGUGAUAAAAUACCGCGUAAUUCGGGAUCUUUCGUUUCGCCCGAGCGACUAUCGGGUGCGGACGCACAGUCUCAGCCAACAACACAAAAAUGGAGCAAGCGUCAUUUUGGUGAGAAGCCUAUAAAUACUCCUCAGAAAAACGGCAUCUUCCCUGGACAAAAGGGACGACAAAAUGUCAUAAACAGAAAAUUCAAUGACAACAAUUCUGUCGAUGAGAAUACAGUGAUAACGGACGCUCAGAAAGAAAAAUUAUCGCACAUUUCAACCCCGAAGCGCCUAUCACGUUCUAAGCGCACCCAUUCAUCUAGCGAGUCACUUUCCGACCAUCAAGUUGUUCCGAAUAACAAAAUACCAAAACGUAAGAGCAACACAUCUACAAAAGCCAUGUCAAAAACACAACCUUUAUCGUCACCGCGAAGAUAUUCAUCAGAUUCAAAACUCCGACCAACUUCUGGGCUCUCAACACCUCCAACAACACCUCCUCCAACACCCCCCAAUAACGCCACCGUGCCUGAUAACCGUACAUCCAUUGACACUAGUGCACCAAGUACACCACCAUCAUUUUUACCAACACCAAAACCACGACUCAACCUUUCUACCUCUCCACCAAUAAUCACACCAUUCUCGGUCGAAUUAUCGGAAUCACCCGUCGAAGAAUAUCCACCACCGUCGAUAACGCCGACGAUUCCCCAUGAUGAAGUCAUAAUACCAACAGUUGCGAAGAAGCUCCGCAAGACCCGCCAAUACAGCGAAACCGGAUACACAGACGUCACGGAUCAAGUAGAAAACCUCUUUAGUAACCCAUCUUCCCCUCGACCAAAUGCACGCCGCCAAGGAUCCAGUCCGACGACACGAAGACGGCCGAAUAGCAGAUACAAGUCUGGAUCCGGUCGACAAAGUUCGUACGAGGUUAGAACAGAUAUACACCGAGUCCCUUACAAUAAUCACGGGCGUGACCAAGAGUAUGAGAAGGCAGAGGAUAAUGUAAGUUUUACCAUGUAUAAGCCAGUCGAUAAUGAAAAAGUAGUAGAUGAAAGCGAUAGUGAAGCCAAUAGGCUCCGAAAGGGGCGAAGGGCUAGGAGGGAAGAAUGGGUUAUGGUUGUCAGGGAUGAAGAUGAAGAGAGUGCUGAGCAAACAAGUCAAACCGAUAUGGCCCAAUGGUAUGAUACUCCAGCAUCAACCGAGUUGCCUGGAACAGGUACAUCAAAUGGCAAUGAGAAGGACGUGAAUGCUGAUAUGGUACGCAUAUAUGUUCUAUUACGUCCAAUUCUUAUGGUGGAAUACGCUAACAGUCGUCCCGUUCAUCUUUCUACUACAUAG